AUGUCUAGGAUCAACAUUAUCACGAACUCGCUCAGUCGAUUUCUGGGGAAGAAGCCACGGAAAGACUGUCUCGACUGUCUUACAAAUGAUAUCCUACUCGACUCUGUCAUGAGCUACCUGGACGUCUUGGAUAUUCUCCGUCUACGACAGGUUAGCAAGCUCUACUAUGAGCUCACACAUCACGCCGCGCUCUGGAAGCGCAUCCUCCGCACCACCGACAUCCCCCUCCCGCCCGUCCCGCCGACGGCUCGCCACACUGCCGAUCGGAUGACAGGCUUGGAGGCUGAGAGGCUGGUGGUUCGGUCUCUGUCCCUGCACAUGAACUGGGAGAGCAAGAUUCCUCGCUCCAGAGAUCACUGGAGGUUCGAUGCGUACCACCGCGUCCUGGAGAUGACGCUCCUGCCGGGCGGCCGAUAUCUCGUCGCUUCCGUUGCUGACUUCAAAGCGACGAAGUACUCGCUCGUCAUCUACGCUCUGGACACGUUUGGGCGCUCACGACCUAUCGCGAAAACGGACACCGCCACGAAGGCGUACGACAUCCGCGCCAAGUACGUCACGAUCAAGGGUCACAAAAGCAUCGCUUUGGCGUACCUUCGCAGAGACUACCACCACAAGACGGACAAACGAAAAGCCGCGGCGGGCCACCUCCCCAACGCCUCCGAGUACAGCACGUACCACGACAUCGACCCGGAUAUCGAGUUUCGAUACGAGUGCAUCGCCAUCCACGCCCGCCUGUCCUCGCUCGAAGCCCUCGCAGAUAUACCUAUCGAUCUCGGCCCUGAAGCAUUCUUCGAGGAGGCCAGGAAGCUACCACCACCCUUCGAGAACCUCGUCCGCAUUGUCGCCGGGCCUACACAUCGAUUGAUGUGCCCGGACAUUGAAGAGACGUUCGACUCUCCCUACCUCUCUGUGGCCAAGUAUCCGAACGACAUCGUCUUCAAAAGGCUCGAGGGAGGACCGGCGGGUACCUUGACCUGCAUGCCGGUGGCCCAUCUCGCUGUCCACUUAAGCAUGUACUGA